AUGGCGGCCGAACAGCGCAAGCUGCUCGAGCAGCUCAUGGGCGACCAACUUCUCGCUGGCCCAACUGCUCACAAAGCACCAGUCCUCACCAUCACCGACCCGAAAGUCUGUCGUUCCUAUCUGUGCGGCGGCUGCCCACACGAUCUCUUCACAAACACCAAACAGGACCUGGGACCCUGUGAUAAAAGUCACAUACCGAAUCUCAAGGACGAGUACGCGGCAGCACCAGAUGAGAAGAAGCGCGAGUGGGGUUUCGAGUUCGACUAUCAACGUGAUAUUGGCAAAUACGUCAACGAGUGCGACCGCAGAAUCGAUACAGCACAGAGGAGAUUAGAAAAGACACCAGAUGAGAUUCGGCAGACCAACACACUGCUGAAACAGAUUGAAGAUCUGUCAAGGACAAUAGAAGCUGGCAUCACUGAAGUAGAGAUCCUGAGCGAGCAAGGCGCGGUCAACUUGGCUGUGCAGGAAUUCCACAACCUCAAGCUCAAAAAGGUGCAGAAGGAGGAGAGGGAGCGUGAGCUUAAGAGUCUCAGCGAUACCUCUGGACCUUCAGGACACCAGAAGCUGCAGGUGUGUGAUGUGUGUGGUGCUUACCUCAGUCGACUGGACAACGACAGACGUUUGGCAGACCACUUCUUCGGCAAGAUGCAUCUGGGAUAUGCGCAGAUGAGGAAGGAGCACGAGAGGUUAAGCAAGGAGCUGAAAGGACGACCGCCGCCGAGAAGAGAUGAGUCGUCGUACGACAGAGAUGACGACGGAUACGGCGGACGAGGCUAUGGUGGGGGUGGGGGAGGAGGCUACGGAGGACGGGGAGGAGGCUACGGCGGUGGAAGAGGCCGUGGCGGCUUUGGAGGAGGUAGAGGUGGUGGUUUUGGUCAGCGCUGGUAA